GUCGACUACAUGCAUGCGGUCUGCCUAGGUGUAGUGAAAGCAACUACAAACCUCUGGUUUAAACGUUCACACGCACGUCGAAGCUUUCACUUGGGAAAAAAGCUGACAAUGAUCAAUGCUCGUCUGAAGAACAUCACCCCGCCGUACGAGUUCUCGCGCCUUCCACGCUCGCUGUGUCAGCGAAAAUUCUGGAAGGCGACAGAAUGGAGGGCAUGGCUGCUCUACUACUCGCCAUUUGUCCUGAAUGGGGUGCUCCCUAAACCAUAUUUAAAAAAUUGGUGUAGGUUCAGUGCCAUUAUGCAUGCACUACUGGCCGAUGUGGCAGCCCUUGACAGGCUUGGUGCUAUUGAAGCCGAAAUCGCAGUCUUCAUGAGGGAGUAUCAAGACCUGUAUGGGUGUGCACAAAUGACUUUUAACCUGCAUUUGAUUGUACACCUUUGUGACUCUGUACGUCAGUGGGGGCCAUUGUGGGGCUUUUCAGCCUUUCCGUUCGAAAAUAUAAAUGGAGUCAUAAAGAAGAGUUUUCACGGAACUCAGUAUGUGCCCCAACAAAUCUGUCGAAAACCAUUACUGUCACAGUUCUUGCCUACCUUAGCUAACUCUCAGCGCUCUUUCAUCGGCAGACCAAAGGUACAACUGUACUUUGAGAACUUGACUAGGGGGUAUCGGAGAAUCUUCAAUGUCGAGGAACAUGCCAACGCAAUCGCCAUCGGCACCGGGUCACGGACACUGACAUCCGUAGAGGUUGACUCGAUCCACAACAUGAGCAUAUCUACAUCUGCGGUCACAAAGUACAAGAAAGUGUUUGUCAAUGGAACGAAGUAUAUUGCCCAUUGCUUAAACAAGACCACUCGGAUAAACUCCAUUGUUUAUCUUAAAGACCAUACAUUUGGUAUAAUUCACUCUGUACUUGCUAUCUGUAAUGUGUGCGUCUCAAGCUGUGUCUGCGACAAAAGUGUGUAUUUCUUCUUGCAAAAUGUAGAAGCAAGCCUCUUAAAGUUCACUCCUAAAUUUGCUCACAUGCAGGUGCUUAAAGCCCAGGAUCAUUACAGAAUUGUAGGUGUUCACUGUGUCAGCCAGAAAUGUGUCGCAUUCGUUGUAACUGAUAACAUGUAUGCUUCCCUUCUGUAUAAGAACAUUGACUACUAAGUCUAGUGUACUCUGUUUCCCUGUAUUUUGUUACUAGCUUGCCUUUGACUAUCUGUGCAUUUCAGUUUUUGUUCUUCCUUGACCCAAUUUGCUUUUAAAGGGAUACUAAAACGAAAUUUCGGCGCUCAUUUUCUGGUCUAUAUGUGUUCAAAGGAGCAG